CGUCAGUGCUGCUCCCAGGACUAUGGAGGGAGAAGAGAUGUCCCCAAGCCAUCACUCAGAGGAGAGCAGUGUGUUGGACCUACCCUCUGUUGGUGACCUAGUGGAGCCCUUCCUGCCUCCACAUGGGUCUGAGAGCAGCGAGGAGCUUUUUGGUUCUGGGGAUACUUUUCCCUCUCCACCCACAGGUGCCAGCACAGUGCCAGUGGCCAAAGAGCAUCCUGAGGAAAUGGUGAGAGACUGCAUCGUGGAGGUCCUGUCCAAAGCUCUGCUGAAGCCAAACAUGCUGUCCAUUGACCCUGCCUGCAGAGACAUCCUGAGGAAGGGUGAUAGAAACGACAGAGAGGGAAGUGCAACCAACCAGCUGGAGGUGAGGCAUCUCAAAGACACAGCAGAGACUGAAAAACAUCUUCCUGGCAGCCUGGAGGAAGGACACAGGCAGGCAGAAGAGGAGGCAAAGGAGUCUGUGAAUGGAAGCGGGGAGGAGAAUGACAAAAGCAAGGAAGAGGAGGAUGGACACCAGGCAGCAGCUGAAGAGAGGCUUCACAGAGAAGAAAAGAAACACUACCAAGAGAUGAGAGAGGAGGAGAAGAGCUACCAGAGUGAGGAAGAAAGCAAAACCAGCCAACGCCUUGCCAAGAAGGUUGAGCUCGCUGUGCUCAACAAGAAGUCCUCCUCUGGAGGCCUGAGCACAGAGCAGCUCCCUGCUGGCAGCCAGCAGCACCCCACCGGCCACUGGCACUUGGAAGAGGGAAGGCAGAGCCCUUACAAGAGAGUUCCUGAAGGGGAAAGGGGAGAGGCAGAGGAAGAAAGGAGUGGAAAACCCGAGCAGGAGUCGAAGGAAGGGGAUUUCUCCUGGCAGCAGGAGCGUGCAGAGUCUGAGAAGAGGGAAGAAACACAGGAAGAGAAGCCACCCUACAGUCCCAGGAGCUAUGGGAAGCACAGAGGUGGUGACUCCUCUGAAGAGAAGAGAGGCCGUGGUGGUGAGGAAGAGGAAUCAAGCCGAGAGGAGGCCCAGCCCUGGGACAGAAGGAACCACUACCAGAAGCUUGGGGAAGCCUCCCAGCAGCAGCAGCAGCAGGAGAAGAAGAGGGCUUACCAUGGGAGGCAUGGGUCUGAGGAGGUGGAGAAGAGGCCUGCGGGCCAGGGAAGGGAGGAGUACAGAGAGAGGUGGCAGCAGAGUGAGGAGAGCAGCAAGGAAGAAGAAGAAGAGAAGAGGCAUCAGCACGGGGAGGAGAAGAGGCACCGCUCCCAGGGCAGGACAGGGCUUGGAGGGGCGAGCGAGGAAGGGCUGGACAGGGAUCUCGGCGGCGGCAGCGAGGAGCAGCCGCAGGGGCACAGAUCCAGCCGGUGGGGCGGCCAAGGGGAGGGACCACAGGCAGCCUACGCUGGGCACCGCGGGGGACAGCCCCGGACGCACCACGGCGCCGGGGACGGCGCGGAGCAGCUGCGCGACCUGCGGAACGGCCGGGAGGAGACGGAGGAGGAGGAGAAGGAGGAGGAGGUAGCAAAGCAGCAUCAGAGCAGCGACCAGGUGGAAGAUGCGGAGGAGGGAAGAUACGCGGAGAGGGAAGGCUCCAGGAGCAGCCUCCCUGCGAAGUGGGCGAUAGGCUACAGCUUCUUUCCGCUGCGGUGGCCAAAGUGGUACUCGAAGAGGGACGGCGCCAGGAAGCAGCAAGGCAAGGAGGAAGGCAGCCCCAGCCUGGCCGAGAAGAGCCCAAUCCCGGAGUACAGCAACUACAGGCGGUGGAAGAAGCAGCAGGAGCUGCGCCAGCAGCAGCAGGGCAGCAGCGCAGGGGGCGAGAGGCAGCGGCGCAAGGAGCAGAAGAUGGCACAGUUGGUGAGCUGCAGGAGGAAAGACGCCGGGUGCCCGGAGCUCCUCUCCUCCAGAGAGGACACCAAGAGACGGCAGGUCGGCAUGAGCAAAAGGAGCCUGAGCCAGAGGCCGCUGACAGAAGAGGAGGAAAAUGAGCUGGAGAACCUGGCUGCCAUGGAACUGGAACUGCAGAAAAUAGCCCAGAAGUUCAAGGACAGCAGGAGGGGCUGA